CUCUAUCAUUCUGUCAUUCCCCAUUUGACAAUAAACUACUACAACUUGUAGUUAAAGCUUCAGUUGGUAGACUCACCUUCCACCUCCUCCAGUUUCGAAUUCGUCAACCCAAUAUUUUCUAUUCAUAUCUUCAAUUAUCAAACACCCUUUUGAUUCUUGGUUCCUCCCUUUUUUGUCUCUCAUCCCCCAACAUACAUAUAUAUGGAGUAUGUGUUGUACUCCACUCUUGUUUUCAUUUCUUAUCACUGUUCCAUUGAGAAUAUUUUGAGGAAUUCUUUUCCGCAGUUGAAGUUGAAAGAUUUCUAUGAAGACUGGGAAAUAAGGCGAAAUCAGGAAUUCAAGUGUUAAGACGCCUUUUUGGAUUGAACUCCUAGAGACAAAAUCGUGCUGACAAUACCUUUGCAGUUGAACCUGGGCCAUUGAGUUGCUUUUUCUUGUAAUUCUAAUGGAUAAUUUUAGUUGUACUAGCAACUCCAUGGUGUCUGUUCUUUUUCUGGUGGUUUUGGGUUUACAGUUGCAUAGAAAUGAAGCGUUUGGGACAUUCGGAUUCGAUAUCCACCAUAGGUAUUCUGAUCCGGUGCACAGUAUUUUGGACCUUAAUCAGCUGCCUCAAAAAGGUAGCAUUGAGUAUUAUUCAGCUUGGACUCAACGUGAUCACCUUAUCAAGCGUCGCCGGCUUGCUGGCACCGGAGGUCCUACUCCGUUGCCAGUCACAUUCGCCGGAGGAGGAAACAAAACUGUUCUACUCAGUUCUCUGGGAUUUUUGCAUUAUGCAAAUGUGACAUUGGGUACACCUGGGCAAUCAUUUCUGGUGGCACUUGACACUGGCAGUGACUUAUUUUGGCUACCAUGUAACUGCAGCAGCUGCGCCCAUUCACUUGUGACAGAUUCUGGAAGACAUAUAGAUCUCAACGUUUACAACCUUAAUACAUCAUCGACAAGCAAUAUCGUUCCCUGCAAUGGCACUCUGUGUGGACAAAGAAGACAAUGUUCAUACACACAUAGUGCAUGUGGUUAUGUUGUUGCAUAUCUCUCCAAUAAUACCUCAUCUUCAGGGGUACUGGUACAAGACAUCUUGCACUUACAAACAGAUAAUACUCAACAAAAAAGUGUUGAGGCACCAAUUACCCUGGGGUGUGGGAUGAAACAAACUGGUGCAUUCUUGAAUGGUGCGGCUCCCAAUGGUCUAUUUGGACUUGGUAUGGACAGUGUAUCUGUUCCUAGCAUUUUAGCCAGCAAAGGUCUUGCUGCAAAUUCCUUUUCCAUGUGCUUUGGGGCUGAUGGAAUUGGAAGAAUAGAGUUUGGAGACAAAGGGAAUCCAGGCCAAGGAGAAACACCAUUCAAUCUUGAACAACCACACCAAACUUACACUAUAAGCUUGACCAGAAUAACCGUGGAAAACAAGAACAUUGAUGUUGAUUUCACAGCCAUAUUUGACACUGGUACCUCAUUCACAUACUUAAAUGAUCCAGCUUACACAGUCAUUACAGAGAAUUUCAAUUCCCAGGCAAAAGAGCAACGUAUUCAACCUACUGUCCAAGUUCCUUUUGAGUACUGCUAUGGCAUAAGUGCAAAUCAGACUGCCUUUGGAAAUCCUGAUGUAAAUUUGAUACUGAAAGGUGGCGACCAGUUUUACCUUUUUGAUCCAAUCAUAACAUUGUCGCUUCUGGACGGAUCCAAAGCAUAUUGUUUAGCUGUUGUCAGAAGUGGGGAUGUCAACAUCAUUGGACAAAAUUUUAUGACUGGCUACCGGGUGGAGUUUGACCGGGAAAAGAUGGUUUUGGGCUGGAAGUCAUCUGAUUGUUAUGAUUCUAAGGAAUCCAAAAGUACUACUCUGCCGAUCAACAAGCAAAAGCCUACUGAAGCGUCUACUCCUAACAGUGUGGAGCCUGAGGCCACCAGAGGAAUUGGAAAUGGCACUGCUAGGACAACUCCAGCUUUUCCAUCAUCUACACCUACAGGAAACCAUGCAACACAGUUGAAUUCCUUCGUUUGCACGCUAGUGAUGACUCUGUUUUCCACUUUUAGCUAUUAUUUGAUUAUUAUUUCUUCAUGAGACAUCUCUUCACCUGUAUUAUAGUGAGUUUAAUUGGUCGUAUAGAAACUUCAAAGUGUACAAAACA